UAUGAGUCAGAGAUGUAGGCUACAUAAUCCUGUAUAUAUUAUAUAUGAGGCAGAGAUGUAGGCUACAUAAUCCUGUAUAUAUUAUAUAUGAGUCAGAGAUGUAGGCUACAUAAUCCUGUAUAUAUUAUAUAUGAGUCAGAGAUGUAGGCUACAUAAUCCUGUAUAUAUUAUAUAUGAGUCAGAGAUGUAGGCUACAUAAUCCUGUAUAUAUUAUAUAUGAGGCAGAGAUGUAGGCUACAUAAUCCUGUAUAUAUUAUAUAUGAGUCAGAGAUGUAGGCUACAUAAUCCUGUAUAUAUUAUAUAUGAGGUAGAGAUGUAGACUACAUAAUCCUGUAUAUAUUAUAUAUGAGGCAGAGAUGUAGGCUACAUCAUCCUGUAUAUAUUAUAUAUGAGGCAGAGAUGUAGGCUACAUAAUCCUGGAGAUCAAAUUGUCUGCGGGUCCAGAAGAGGGUGAGUAAAGUGAACAGCAGCAGCUACUUAGAAGAUGUGUGUGUUAAUUCUAUUUGUACAACAUGCUGUCCCUUCUCAGUUUGGUAUGAAUGCUCUGCUGCUAGCAGCCUGGUUCGGUCGCCUCAACAUCCUACAGAUCCUCGUGGCCUCUGGAGCAAAGCUCAACUCUGAAAACAAAAAUGGGCUGGGUCUGCUGCACUGUGCCGCCCAGCGGGGUCAUAGCAGAGUGCUGGAGUUCAUCAUGGAGGACCUAGUAGAGGAUGUACUGCUGGACAGGGUGGACAAUUCUGGGAAGACAGCGUUUCACCUGGCUGCAGAACAUGGACAACUAGAGGUGGUUGAGUUCCUCAUCGGUAUGGGCUGCACUCACGGCCUCAAGGAUAAGGAUGAAAACAUGGCCAUCCAUCUAGCAGCCAAGCAUGGACAUAAAGAGGUCCUGCAUAAGUUAGUUGAGACAGGAGUGGACAUUGACGAGAGAAACAUAGACGGACUGACACCUCUGCACCUGUCCUCUGACGGAGGUCACUAUGAAUGUGUCAAACUACUGCUGGAGGCCUGCUGUAAUGUCAACGCGCUGACAAACAAGAAUAUGAAUGCCCUCCACUACGUGGCCCAGCACGGCUUAGAGAGGGAGACCAGUCUGCUGCUGCAGGCGGGCAUCAACACAGACACGGUGGAUGGCCAACACACAUCCCCUCUUCACAUCGCCGUGCUCCACAAUCACACUGAGGUGGUACGGCUGCUAAUAGACGCUGAAUGUGACCUGGACAUAUCUGACAAUAGGCUCCAGACAGCCCUGCACAUCGCAGCAGAGCAUGGAAGACAGGACAUCGCUGAGAUGAUCCUCAUAGCUGGGGUUAACCUCAAACUACUGGAUAAGCAGGGGAAGACUUCUCUGGAGGUGGCAGCCAGAGGAAACAAUGUCAUCUUAGUGGACAUGAUCAUCAAAGCAGACCGGUUUUACAAGUGGGAAAAGGACAACGUGAUCAGCGAUGGUGAUUCGUGGCUGGGGAAGCAGCUGAGCUUUAAGCAGGACCACCAGGUGGAGACCCAGCACCUGCGCUCUGUCACGUGGAGGCUGGCCACCAAAGACCUAUCCCGCGGGGAGUGGAAGAGCCUCGCACAGCACUGGGGCUUCACGGAUGCCCACAUACGCUCCAUAGAGCAGCAGUGGACAGGUACAAAGAGCUUCAAGGAGCAUGGGCACCGUAUGUUGCUGAUCUGGCUGCAUGGAGUAGUCAUCGCAGGGGAGAACCCAAUCAAAGGCCUGUAUGAGGGACUGGCGGGGAUCUCCAGGACCGACCUAGCUGGUGAGUCAAUGGAACGGGGGACGGGAGUCAACACCCAUCAGGUAUUCGAACCUGAGCACCAGGGGUUGUCUUUAAUAGGCACAUCAGGCGCCAACCAAGGGGGCCAGGUACACGGUGUUUCCUCCGACACAUUGGUGCGGCUGGCUUCCGGGUUGGAGGCGCGCUGUGUUAAGAAGCAGUACGGCUGGUUGGGUUGUGCUUCGGAGGACGCAUGGCUUUCGA